CGGCUCCGGCUGCGAGCGGCGGCUCUGCCGGCUCUCGGUCUCGACCCCCACCCCGGGCUCCCCGCGCCAGACCCAGCACUUGGGCUUUCCGGGGCCGAACCGAGGCCGCAAGCAGCACCGCGGGGUGUGGGGCGGACCCAGGAGAUGAAAUGACAACGUCAACCCUCCAGAAAGCCAUUGAUCUGGUGACAAAAGCUACAGAAGAGGAUAAAGCCAAGAACUAUGAGGAGGCACUUCGGCUCUACCAGCAUGCUGUGGAGUAUUUCCUACACGCCAUCAAAUAUGAGGCACACAGUGACAAGGCCAAGGAGAGUAUUCGCGCCAAGUGCAUGCAGUACCUAGACCGGGCAGAGAAGCUGAAGGAUUAUUUACGAAACAAAGAGAAGCAUGGCAAGAAGCCAGUCAAAGAGAACCAGAGUGAGGGCAAAGGCAGCGAUAGUGACAGUGAAGGGGAUAAUCCAGAAAAAAAGAAAUUGCAAGAGCAACUGAUGGGUGCUGUUGUGAUGGAGAAGCCCAACAUUCGGUGGAGUGAUGUGGCUGGGCUGGAGGGGGCCAAGGAGGCCCUUAAAGAAGCUGUCAUUUUGCCAAUUAAAUUCCCACACUUGUUCACAGGCAAGCGUACCCCUUGGCGAGGAAUACUGCUCUUUGGACCCCCUGGCACAGGGAAAUCCUACCUGGCCAAAGCUGUGGCAACAGAGGCCAAUAACUCCACCUUCUUCUCUGUGUCCUCCUCAGAUUUGAUGUCUAAGUGGUUGGGAGAGAGUGAGAAGCUAGUAAAGAACCUGUUCGAGCUGGCCAGGCAGCACAAGCCCUCCAUCAUCUUCAUCGAUGAGGUAGAUUCCCUCUGUGGAUCCCGAAAUGAAAAUGAGAGCGAGGCUGCCCGAAGGAUCAAAACAGAGUUCUUGGUCCAGAUGCAGGGGGUGGGGAAUAACAAUGAUGGGACUCUGGUUCUUGGUGCCACAAAUAUCCCAUGGGUAUUGGAUUCGGCCAUUAGAAGGAGGUUUGAAAAGCGGAUUUAUAUCCCGUUGCCAGAGGAAGCUGCCCGGGCCCAGAUGUUCCGGUUGCAUUUGGGGAGCACUCCCCACAACCUCACAGAUGCCAACAUCCACGAGCUGGCCCGGAAGACGGAAGGCUACUCGGGCGCAGACAUCAGCAUCAUCGUGCGGGACUCCCUCAUGCAGCCUGUUAGAAAAGUACAGUCAGCAACACACUUCAAAAAGGUCAGUGGCCCUUCCCGCACCAACCCUAGCAUUAUGAUUGAUGACCUCCUGACCCCAUGCUCACCAGGGGACCCGGGGGCCAUGGAGAUGACUUGGAUGGAUGUCCCUAGUGACAAACUCUUAGAGCCUGUGGUUUGCAUGGUAAGUGACCAGUGGGGAGAGAGGACUGCACAGAGCCCAGAAAACUGGGGCUUGGAUCCAAGAAUAAAAAUAAAUUUCUCCCCUUUUCUAUCCUGGGCUGCUAUGGCUCUCCAAAAUAGAGAUUUUCUUUAGCAAGAAGAGUAAAAGAUCAGAUUAUGCGACUACAUCGUGCCAUGGGUUUGGCUUAUUUUGCACACAGAAGGAACCAGUAAAUUUAUGUCAGCAUGAUUUGACUUGAUGGAGUCCAAAGGCAGCCACUUGCCUGAAUAGUCCUGACUCCCCCUUACCUUAGUUUUGCCAACUUCUUGCCCGUUUUGUUUUGCCAGGUGCCUGCCAUUAUGACUGGAUGGAUAGGCGUGCAGCUAAGAGCUGCUAAUGGAGUGAGGAGAUGAUGGGCUGCUUAGGUUCUCUCAGACCAGAAAUAGGCCCAUCUGGAAAUGACAUGAGCUGCCUCAGCAGAGGGUCCCUGCACAAGGGGCAUUCAAGCAGAAGUGGGCAACUAUAGGGAGUUGUGCAUUUGGGGGAGGGGGUCUGGGUGACCCCAAAGUCAGGCCUCUUCCCACCCUAAACUGCAUGGUGCUCAGAUGAGGGGAGGCUGAGGACCCAGUGCCUGGCCCCUCCUCAGCUGUCUGCUUUUGUCUUGUAGUCGGACAUGCUCCGGUCUUUGGCCACCACCCGGCCCACUGUGAAUGCAGAUGACCUUCUGAAAGUGAAGAAGUUCUCAGAGGAGUUUGGACAAGAGAGUUAAAAGCUUCUUCACAUGGGUGAUGGUGAAGGUGGGAGGUUGAUCGGGGCAAAUCCACGGCACUCCCCAUGUCAGUGGCCAGACAGAGCUCCGGAGCUGUCCUAAAGUCACUACAGCGUCCUCUCUGCUGUCUGGCCGCCAGCUGGAAGCGGGCAGGAAGGGCCUCCCUAGCCGCAGAGAUGCUACGAAGCACAUUUGGCUCACAGUGGAAUCCUGGCUCUUCUCUUCUGGAUGCUCACCAAUGCCUGUUCCUGCCCCCAUGUCAUUUUUUUUCUUUUUUUUUUUAAAAAAAAAAAAAAAAAAAA